UAAUAGACAUCUUUCUGGUUGUUGGGUAAAGCUAAGAACCAGCCGAAAAGAAAAUGGCGGCGGCAGCAGCAGCAGUAGGAGCUCCAACCUGUCACCGGCUCCACCUCCUCCUCCACCGCCCACCACCACCAUCAUCUUCUUCCUUCUCCCUUUUCCUCAAACCCCUUCUCACCUCCACCACCACCGUCACCACCACCACCACCACCAUCACCAUUCCAUUCUCGCACCUCCCACGCCGCUCACUUAUCUCCCAUUCCCUUCCUUCCUUCUCCUCUCGACCUCUCUUCUUCUGCCACUCUCCCACCGCUACCCACUCUCCUCCUCCCCCCAAAGCCUCUUUACAAGAAGAAGAAAAAACCCAACAACUCGAAAUUCCAGAAGAUAAUGAUAAUGGUGAAGAAAUUGAGAUCGAAAUGGAGAACUCGGAUAAUAAAGAGGAUAGCCAAGUGAGUUCGGAGUCUUCACCUGCUCUAAAGAGAGAUGGGGUGAAGCCGCCGACGCUGACGGUGAAAGAAAAGAAGGAACUUGCGUCUUAUGCUCACAGCUUGGGGAAGAAGCUCAAGUCCCAGUUGGUGGGGAAGUCCGGCGUCACAGCUAGCGUCGCCGCUUCUUUUAUAGAGAACCUUGAAUCCAAUGAGCUUCUCAAGGUGAAAAUACACGGGACAUGUCCUGGUGAGCUAGAGGAUGCCGUUACACAAUUAGAGGAAUCAACUGGUUCAGUUGUUGUUGGCCAAAUUGGUAGAACAGUGAUUCUUUACAGGCCCAGCAUCACCAAGUUGAAAGCAGAGGAGAAAAGGCAGCAGUCGCGAAAGAUAUUCAUGAGACGAAAGACAUAUUCGAGACCCACAGCAAUGGAAUUUCAGAAAAAGGGAGAAAGACCAAGAAUGAAUGGGCGUGACAGCCGAGGGAGAACCAGGGUCUAAGUUCCUGCCACAUAUGGUUAUGGUUAUAUAAUUCUAGAACUGUGUUGAGAAGGUUCUGCGGUAAGGUGUUCUUGCAUUUAACUUUAAAGCUAUGCAUGUUUGGAUACUAUGGAAUUUUUGUAGCAAAAUCAAAUUUAAAUUGAAAGUGAAGUAAGAAAAAAAGAAAAGAAAUUUAAAACUGGAUACGUGCGGUAUGAUGUUGAGGACAAAAGUCGACGUGUUUGACAAAUGUAGGAUGAGGUACUUGCAACAUGAUGUUGUAUUUUGCUUGUUUGGAUGAAAUCUGCACUGUACUUAAUGGUUAUCAAACUGGCAUUAAGAUUAUAACUCAUUUAGGGGGAUGUAUUCAAUUGGGAUUUUUGAGGAA